UCUCCCGCCCCCAGAGCAGCGGCUCCGUCUGCAGGAACCGCCGGGCAACGCGGAGACACAGAGCAGCGGCACCGUCUGCAGGAACCACCGGGCAACGCGGAGACACAGAGCAGCGGCUCCGUCUGCGGGAACCGCCGGGCAACGCGGAGACACAGAGCAGCGGCUCCGUCUGCGGGAACCGCCGGGCAACGCGGAGACACAGAGCAGCGGCUCCGUCUGCGGGAACCGCCGGGCAACGCGGAGACAGACCCUUCGGCCCAACUCGUCAAUGCCGGCCAACAUGUCCUAUCUACACUAGUCCCACCUGCCCGCAUUUGGCCCAUAUCCCUCUAAACCUGUCCUAACCAUGGACCUGUCCAAAUAUCUGUUGCAGUUUCUGCCACAACUAGCUCCUCUGGCUGUUUUUUCCACACACCCACCACUCUCUGUGUAAAAAGUUGUCCCUCAGUUUCCUAUUAAAUAUUUCCCCUCACCUUAAACCGAUGUCCUCUGAUUUCCCCUACUCUGGGUAAAAUACUGUGCAUUCACCCCGUCUAUUCCCCCUCAUGAUUUUGUGGACCUUUAUAAGAUCACCUCUCCUGCACUCCAAGGAAUAAGGUUCCCUAUCUUUCAAUAGCUCAGGCCGUCAAUCCUGACAAUGUCCUUGUAAAUCUCCACUGCACCCUUUCCAGCUUAUCAUGCGAGACUAGUCCAAAAUAUGAAGUGCUUGUGGCAAACUGCUGGUGAAGGGAGGCAGAGAGUGACCCGUGGUGUGUUAAGGUGCUUGGAUCCUCUAUAUUGAUUAGGAAGUGAAUGUAGAAAGCAUGUUCUUGAAGUUGGUGGUGGUAUGGGUAUCAAGGGUAAUUUUCAGCGACAACGUUAAUGAUAUGAUGGUCAGAAUAUGGCAGAUGGAAUAUAAUCCUAAAAAUGGAAGUGAUACCUUUAGCAACAUUAAUAAAUCAAGAGCAUACUAAUGUGUGUGAGGAAUGAAGGGUGUAUUGAGGAACAGAAAACUUGCCCAAGGCUCCUGAGGCAACAGUACAGGUCUCAUUUCAUAGACCCCCACCCUCUGUGUGGAAUAGGUAAACUGAUAUGUAAUUGUGCAGCAAAUAAAUACUGCUGAUUUUGAAAAGUGGAAUGUUUGAUUUGUUUAUUUUUUGUGCUUCUAUAGAUUUGUGAUAUUUAUCAUCUGAUAAAUAUGAAUGAAUGGAAGGAAAACAAACCUUUAGAUUGGGAGAAAUAUCUGAACAAAGAAGUGAAAGUAACAGCAGAUGAAAAAAACACUUACCAGGGUUGGGUCUUCACUGUUGAUCCUGUUUCAGGAAGCAUUGUUCUGGUGAACUUUGAGGCCGCUGGGAAGGUGUCUGUUGUGACUGUUAUGGGCCACGCGAUCCAAGCAGUGGAGCUGAUCAACGAGGGAGAGACCAACACCACGGAGAAACUGUCCUCCCUGUUCAUGCCGGCGCCCUCUAGAACUUACAGCAGCGAGGAGCUCCAACACCGGAAAUGCCGCCUGAAGUCUUGGCUGGAGAAGAAUCUGAUUCCUGUCAGGGAGCAGGGGGAGGAGAGCCACCUGCUGUGUGUAGCUGGCGUGCUGACUGUUUCCCCACCCUACAACCCUGAGGACUGCAACAGCUCCAACGAAAUCAUCUUAUCCAGAGUUCAAAGCCUCAUCAACUGCAACCCAGAAGCUGCUCACAAAAAUGAAUGACGAGGGAUUGAUCUCUCUGGUAAAACGUCUGAAUUCCAUCUUGGCAGUUGGAAAGUUCAAGAAAUUCAGCAUUGGUAAUCUCCGGGCUGGAGCUCAAGGGAAAGGAGGGAUUGUAAAUUGUUGUAAAAAUGCAGCUGGUUCACUGCUGCCCUGCAUAGGAGGUGAUCAGUCACCCUCAGCGCUUGGCCCUGCACCAGUUCCACACUCACCCACGUGGCUGGCUGCUAACUGCCCUCUCCAUUCAGAGACAGGCACAGGCACACGACCGAUGCCAGCGUGGCUCGCGACAACUCACAUCCCAUGGACAAAUAGACAAUAAAAGUUUCCAAACACCGAUAA